AUGUCUGAUAGUGACGAAGAUUUGAUGCCUGAGAGUGUAACAAGACUUCAACAUCAUGCCUUUAUGAAUCGGAGGGCGCCAAACAUGAAUAAUACAAACAUUACAAGCUUUAGUUUUGGUAACAAUACGAUGACUUCUACAUAUACAUCAAAAUAUGAAAGACAAAGAAAUGGCAUGCAACAUUCAAACCAAAUGAAUAUGUAUAAUAGAAGAGAAACAUCACCAAUGUCACUUAAAAGUUUUCCUGAUUCAGGGAUGCAACAUUUUCCUAACUUUCCCAAUCGCAUGACUAGCUGUAACCGAUCUGUAUUCAAUGGAAGAAGUGGAUCACCCAUGUCUACAAGAAGUAUUGAUUCUAAUGUGAGUGCUGCUGAUAUUGUAGUAGCACUGAAAAAUGUUAAAUUUAAUGAAAAGGAUUUAAGAUUAAUAAAAGAGGCAUAUAAUAAAUUUAUAAAAAAACGAACUCGGAAAAGAAUAGAGAAACGAAGAAAUUUAAAAUUAUUUUUGAAGGGCUAUAGACGAAAAUCUGGAGAGGAUUCUGGAGAACAAGGAAGUGAUUCCUCAAUAAGUAGUGAUGAUUGUAGAUCAACAAGGACAUUCUAUAAACAAAAUAGAUCCAGGUAUGGAUCAAAAUCUACAAUAACAGAUAUAACCCAUUUUAGAUCUACUUUACGAGAAAGUGAUAUGUUUAGAGACUGUACGGAGAGGUUUCAACAAACAAAACUCAGAAAUAUGUAUGCUGUAAAUAAUACUAAUGUAAAUCAUGCAGAUAAUGAUACUAUUAUUCAUCAAAAUCAUAAAAAAUUUCAAGAGAAACCACAACCAAAUAUGUCAAUGGUUACUCUUAAAGAUAGAUUUACAAAGAGUGCCAACUCCUUCCUUCUUCCAUCACAGAGAUUUAACAUGUCAACCAAAAAUCCAAAAAACGGAGAAAACUCUACAAAUGUGAAAAGAGAUGUUCUUAGAACAAAAAAUAAUAUUAUUUUAGAGGAACAUAGUAAAAGUCUAGAUAGUGAUAGAGACGAAAUAUUUUCAGAAAUCACAAUACGAGAAAAUACACAUAUUCAGCAAAAGAGAGUCCAUGAGGAUAGUGAAAUUAACGGUUCUGACAAAAAGAGGUAUAAAGCAGCACCACAAACAAACUUAAAUGAUUUAACUAGUAUGACAAACAGUGACUUUAACUUUAAAAAACCACAAAUGCCUGUAAGAAAAUCGGGAAACCAUAAAAAAGACUCGGCUCCAGAAAGAAUCAUUGCCAUGUCGAAACCACUAAUUGGCAAUAUAGAUUUAGACAUACCUAAGAAACUACCCAAACAUCUUGAUGAUACCCAAAACAAAUUACCUGUAAAUAGUACUGAGAUAGAGGAAUCUACAAAUCAAACUGAAACAACACAAAACUCUACUGAUGUAUCAAUGAGGCCUAGUUUUAUUAAAAGAAAAUUGUUCACCCAAAAAUUAGAUGUUGCUGAGAAUAAUAAUAUAAGUAGUGAUAAUAUUGGUGCGAACAGUCCUCAGGCAAAUAUGUACAGUGAAUGUAGAGAGAAGAAUAAAGUAAGAAAGCUGGUCGCAUCACAGUCAUGUUUAAGCCGAGACAUUUUAGGUGAUGAUAAUGUAUUAGAUUUAAUUCAUAAAAUUGUUCCACCAGAUAAAAUUAAUAUGACUACAGCUUCUAAUAAGAAAGAAGUUAACAAUAGCAAUGAUAAUGAUAAAUGGGAUGUUACAUCAGUAAUAUCUACAUGUGAUGUUGGUGAUGUUAGUGACACAUUCACAGAUGAAGAAAUAUUUAAAGCACCUUGUAAAUUAGAUAAUAGAGCAAAGAAAGAUCAAAAAGUGAGUGAAAAUGUUGCAGGGAAUAACACGAUUUUGCCCAAACCUGUGACCAAUAAACUAAUGACCCAAUGUAAUGUUGUAGUUAAAAAAUUGUCACCUCUACAAAAUUCAAAACAGAAACAAAGUGAAAAUGAAGGUGAUAAAUCUAAAUUCCCCAAUAAGAGGACAGUUUCAAGCUGUAUUAGGUCUUUUUGGGAUACUGAUUUCGAAAGUGACAUGGAAGAUAGGACUGCAACACCUUGGAAACCCAAGAUCCAACUAAAUUCAGGAGAUAAUUCUAAGAUGAACUUUAGCAAAAAAAGUGCUACAAAAGGUAGUAUCCUAACUAUAAGAAGUUUACAGAACAAGACAGUGAAUAGCAGCAUGAGAUCUGAUAUCAGUAGAGUUUCCAAAAGGAAUAUUGAAAGUCAAGAAAACAAAGAAAACAAUAACAUGCUUAAUAAAAAUAACAAAAAUUUGAAAAAUAAUGAAAAAGAAGAUGAAACUCAACCAAAAGAGAAGGAUUUAAAAAAUAUAAAAUCUAAACAAAAGAAUGAGACUACCAAGAUGAAUAAUGAAAAACCUAAAGCAAAACCUGCUCAAACCAAAACCAAAAGCAUGGCUGCUCAAAAUUCAAAAAAAGAUAGUCCGUGUAAUACGUCACGAGAAAGCUUAAGGCUAAGACAGAAAAAUGAGUCAAAAGUCAACACCAUCAGUUCAUGCAAUACAUCACGAGAAAGCUUAAGGCUCAAACAGAAAAAUGAGAAUAAAAUCGACAAUACUUUAAAUAAUGAUAUCGUAAAACGUCUUCGGGGUAGACCUAGAAAAUCUGCUGAAAAUGUAGACUCGAUAAAAUCUAAUCUUAAUAAAAAUAGCAAGGAAACAAAAAAGAACAAGAAAACAAAUGAUAAAUGUGUAAAGAAAAAUGCCACAUUAAACCGAACGAAGGAACAAACCCCACAAAGAAAGCAGAAUGUAAAGCUAUUUACUACUCCCAUUACCGACUCAAGUUUCAAUAUAAGUAAUAGAAGCUUAAGAAUAAGACAUAGA